AUGGCAGACCCAGGAGGAUGGGUACCUGCUCAAGAGAAUGAUUUUUCGAAUUUUCAAUCAAAUGACAGCUUCAAUUUGAACGAAGUCACUGGUAUCGAUGAUCUUCUUACAAAUUGCGAGAGCGAACUACUGAACAAUGAGAAUCUCUUCAGCGAUGAAGCUUUACUGUCCGAGUUGGAAGAGCCCAUGCCAGUGGAUGGAAGUACGUUUGACUUCUUGAAUCUUAGUAACACCGACGACUUUAAGGAUUUCAAGGAUUUCAAGGACUUCAAAGAUCCACCUAUUGAGCGGCAAAGUGCAAAUGUUAUGGUGGCACGACAAACAGUAACGAAUAAUAAUCAACCUAUUACUUACAUGCAACAAGAGAACGUCGCACCGGUACUGCAAAACAGACCGCAGAGAAUAUCGGUUGCUUCGACAGCACCUACCGUGUUUAGUUCGCAGUAUGCCAUACCAACGCAAAAUGUGAACUUUAAUGUCCAGUCGCCGAACGUCGUGACUUUAGCUCCAGUUCCUCAACAGAGGCAACUGCUUCUCCCAGCCAAAUUAAUAAAGUCGGAGUCCCUCGUAUAUUCGAAGGGCGCACAGGCCAUUACGUCAACUCCCGUGCCGCAUCAGAUACAUACUCUCGUGAACACUGCUAAUGGAGCAGUGUUAACCACUGGGAUUCCUGUAGUCCUGGACACUGAUAAAGUACAAAUUAAUCGUCUGAACACUGGCACACACGUAGGUGUACCGAGAGUGAGAGAAGUAAAGCGCAGUGCCCACAAUGCCAUCGAGCGGCGUUAUAGGACAUCGAUUAAUGAUAAAAUCAUCGAGUUGAAGAACAUUAUAGUCGGAGUUGACGCGAAAUUGAACAAGUCGGCAAUUUUACGAAAAACCAUCGACUACAUCAGGUACUUACAAAAUACCAAUGCGAAGCUAAAGGCCGAGGUCAUGGCGCUGAAAAUGGCUGCCCAACGGCAAAAUCUUCACGAUUUGUUAGUGUGCGGAGAACUGACGCCUCCGCGCUCAGACUCGAGUGAGCCAUCCUUGUCACCCGCGCCCGCACCGCUCUCACCACCUUCUCCGUCAUCGGUGAAAGACGAUUCGGACGCGUUGCACAAUCUGCAUUCCAUACCCACUUCGUCCAGCGGAAGCAUGAGAGAUCACACUCGGUUAACGUUGUGUGGACUCAUGUUAUUAUUCUUGGCGUUCAAUCCUCUCGGCAUCCUUGUGAACAACAUUGGCAAAUUCAAUUCUGAUUACCUGAACACGAAACUGGACGGACGGACGAUCCUCAAUUAUCAAGAUCAAUCUGAAUCGGACAAGCAGUCGUGGAGCAAUGUGAUUCUUUGGUUUACCAACCUGAUACUUCUGACCAGUGGCCUCUGUAGACUGUUGCUGUACGGCGACCCCGUUUUGCCAACUGACAGCAAGGCUUUCCUCGAGUUACGUCGCUGGAGACGCCAAGCCGAGUUCAACAUGUCGAAGCACGAGUACAAUCAGGCGUACCGGGAUCUGCAUCAGUGCCUGCAGUACUUCGGCCGAUCCUUUCCGCUGUCGCGAACGGAGGUCUGUCUUGCUACCACGUGGCAAAUAGUGAGGCAGGUCCUCCACAAGUUAUGGGUGGGAAGGUGGAUCAUGCAAGUCAGCAAGUGGCUGUCGGAAAAGUCGGAGCGGCAGCAGGCGGAGAUGUCGGCGGUCGAGAUAGCCAUCGUCUACCAGCAUAUGCUCUGCCUGCGUUUAUCCGAGGGCACGAAGGACUCGAUCCUGUAUCUCGCGCUCUGCGCGGUCAAUUACGCGGAGGUCGCUGGUGAGAACAUGCCGAAGCCGCUUCUGGCGGAGAUAUACGUGAACACCGCGUUGUGCCUGAAACAGUCCCUCUUCCCGUACAUACACAAGUAUUACUUGGGCAAGGCACGCGCCCUGUUGUCAUCCUGCACCGUUCCUCCGAAAUUGAAGUGGAUCAUGACCGACGAAGGCGCGAGAUUCUUGGCGUCUCAGAAGUGGCAGUACAAGAAGCAAUUCGUGAACAGUGAAUUCACGUCGCAGAGUAGCCGAGCGGACCCUCUGUCGUAUGCGGCUCGCGCGUACAGGGAUCACCUGAUAAAGCAGUGUCUGCGUUUGCUGACUGGUACAGUCGGAGAGUGUCACGCGUCUUCUGUACUCGAGUUGGGACGAACGAUCAUGGCCUCGGCGGAAGUGGAUGCUUGUUUCCCGUGUACCGAUAAAAUCAGCGUAGCGAUUUGCGAAGAUGAGAUUGGAUUGUGGUGGGGAGCGGUGAUUUGCGCCGCUGCAAGUUGGAGACUAGGGGAGGAAGAUUCGAAGGCAUGGAACAUCGUAGAGAGUAAAUUUCCUUACGAGAGAAACUUCCAAAUCGGCGACAACAAUAGCAGCCCACUGCCGCACGCUGUAUUCAACGUUCUGCAGGCAGCGAAACAUUCUACAAAGCUAGUUUCUAUGUGUUUUAUCGAUCAAGCGGGACUGCUGCUCGAACAAUCUAUGGUGUAUUACAAUUGCAAGGAACAGUCGUCGCAGCAAGUCUUGCUCACUCAGUUGUGGGUCUGCGACUGGCUCCUCGAGAUACGCACGACAUUGUGGCAAGAGUCAGAUGCGGAGCUAGAAAAACCAGCGGCGAGCAUGCCUCUCGCCGAGUUCCAACGCGAUUUAGCGUGCUUGAGACAAUUGUGCCAACAUAUUCCAUCCGUAUUGGCGCGAGUGUUUUUAUACGAGGCCACAGCGCGUAUCAUGGCUGGAGCAACGCCGGUGAAAACUCAGAUUUUGCUGGAUCGAAGUCUGCAUCACAGGAACUCACGUUCUUCCAUCAUAUGUGGGAAGGACCGAUCGCAGGAGCAGAAUAACAGCGAGAGGGAGCACGCAGUCGCAUUGUGCUUGGCGUGCAGGCAUUUACCAACAUUAUUGUUAGCCUCGCCAGGAGAACGUGCUGGUAUGCUCGCGGAGGCUGCUAAAACGCUUGAACGCAUAGGAGACCGGAAACGUCUUCAGGAAUGUUACAAGCUAAUGCGGCAGCUAGGGUCGGCGAUCACUGUUAAUUAACGUGUUAAUAUUUACGUGUAUGUUAUUCUGUGUAUCUACGUAAAUACUAUUAAUCUACGUAAAUACUAUUAAGCAGCUACAUAGACUCAUUGUAUAUAGACAUUAAUUUAUUUUAUAGAGAUUACAUAGACUAUCUCGUGAUCAUCGUCGUUUCAUAAUUAUAGUUCAUAUUUUUAUUAAUUUUUCAUUUAUACUUCAUGCUAUUUUAAAUUACUUAAAAUAGGAUAAAUUAGUUAAAUAAAACCUCAUCGAACGGCAAACCAGUGCUAGCAACGCUACCGAGUGGUUAGGAAUAAACGAUAUUAUCCAAUAAAUGUGAGUAGGUUUUCUCCUGCUAUCGGAGUGUUGCUGAAAUCACGGAACCGAGUUCGUGAUAAAAGGAAUAUUCUUCUCGGAAAUAAUCUUGGAAAAUUGUGCGAGCGCUAGAUUUGAGUGUUUCUCAGAUAGUAGUGCUUUUAGUAAAUAAUGUUGUAAUGUAUAAAUUAUUUAUCCAGUAUAUAUAUUCGUAAAACAUUUAUUUUAAAAAUAUGGCUUCGUUUAAAAAGGUUUGUAGUAAUACAGUUUCUAUGAAAAUUGAAUAUUAUAUUAUAUUAUAUUAUUGAAUAUAAUAUUUUCUCAGAAAACUAUCAGCCUUUUUCACGCAUUAGGAUUUAACAGUACGCUGUAAGAGUCCGCGCAUUAUAUUGUACAAUAUCAGCAUUAUAUUUAAGGGACUGAUGGAUUCAUCUUUGCGAAAAAGUGUAGACGAGAGAAAAGAAUAAACGAUUCAUCAAAGAA